UCUUAAGAUAGACCUCGCCCAUCAAUUUUCACAGAAGUUCAAACACAAGAUGGCGGGCGUUGUACUGAGACGUAUAAGAAGAAGAUGUACUGAGAUUCAAAGAGCAUUUAAUCAAGGAUCUUUGGGCCGAACAGAAGUUUACGCUAUCAACAGCUCUAUAGCUAACGUAAGAAGGGUUGGAGAUACUAUUGGCGCCCAGGCUGUGCAGGAUAUAGUUCAAAGUCUCACUGAUCUCAGAUCUUUCAUCUCCGGACCUCAAGCUUCAAAUGCCCUACAUACUGGUUUCCAUGCAGCACACCUUGUGCAUUCAGGAAGACGAGGAAGACCUGCUCUUGACAUAACGAGGGGGCAAAUUGAGCUGCUCCUAGGUCAAGGUUUUACCGUGAGAGCAAUGGCAAGGAUGUUGGGCUGUUCCUCCUCAUUCCUUCAUAAAAAAAUGAUGUCUUUAAAUACUUCAGCAAGGAACAGAUUCACUACCAUUAGUGAUCCUGACCUAGAAGAGCAUGUCAGGAGACUCCACAACCAGUUUCCUAGAUCAGGUUCAGAAAUGAUGAGGGCAUACCUACACGCAGAAGGGAUUGUGGUACAAAGAAGAAGAGUUAGAGAGACUCUAAAGCAAAUCGAUCCAGCUGCAGCAGCACAGAGAUGGGGCCAGACUGUGGCUAGGAGAACCUACUAUGUGCCCUUUCCUAACAGCUUGUGGCACAUAGAUGGCCAUAUGCGUCUCAUUCGGUGGGGGCUUGUGACACAUGCCGGAAUUGAUGGGAACUCCAGACUCGUAACUUUUAUCAACUGCGGCACUGACAACACAGCUUUGACAGUGCUAACCCAUUUUGUUCGAGCUACCUGUCGGUAUGGGUUACCAUCCAGAGUCAGGUCUGACCACGGCGGGGAGAACACUCUAGUUGCCCUCUUGAUGAACCUUCUACAGGGAAACGGAGAAGUGAGGCACAUUACAGGCCAAUCUGUACACAACCAACGUAUUGAGCGUCUUUGGAGAGAUGUUUUCCAGCAGGUUGUGCACUAUUUUUACACACUUUUUUAUUCCUUUGAAGAUGAACAAAUAUUGAACCCCGAAGAUGACAUUCAGAAAAUGGCACUACAAAUCGUUUUUUAA